AAUGAAAUUGAGUUUGACUAGAGUUGGGUUUUUAUCUUCCAGUUUUGGUUUGGCUGGACACUCUCGUCUUGAUAUCGGUAUUCCAAAGAAUUGUGCUCUAGUUGAACAACUUUCUACAUAUUUUUUCUUAUCUAAAAGUGCAAAAAAUAGUUUUCAUAAACAACAGAGUUACUCUUUUAACCAACUGAGAAGUUUUGGUAGUCUUCAUCAUAGAGACAAUAUUUCAACAAUAAGAAACUUCUCCUGGAAAAUGAGUGCAAAGCAAGAUUACAAGCAUUCUUAUGAUUAUGAUCUUAUUGUGAUAGGAGCAGGAUCUGGCGGUGUCAGAGCUGCAAGAAUAGCUGGAACUCAUGGCGCUAAAGUUGCAGUGGUUGAAAAGGCAGCGUUAGGUGGUACUUGUGUUAACGUGGGUUGCAUUCCGAAAAAACUUUUUAUAUAUAGCAGUCACUUUAGUCAUGAUUUUGAAGAUUCGAAAGCUUAUGGUUGGGAUGUCGAAGUAAAGAACUUUCACUGGAAAAGAUUGGUAGAAAACAAGGACAAGGAGAUUCACAGGCUUAAUGGUGUGUAUGAAAAGCUAUUGACCAAUGCCGAAGUUGAAAUCAUCAGAGGUCACGCUUAUCUAUGUGAUGCACAUACUGUUCAAGUCAAUGAAAGGCGUUAUACUUGUCAGUAUCUUUUGAUAGCUGCAGGAAGUUGGCCUACUAUUCCAGAUAUUCCUGGGAAAGAACAUGCUAUUACGUCGAAUGAGUGCUUUUAUCUCGAAAAGUUACCUGAAAAGAUCAUUAUUGUGGGAGGUGGAUAUAUUGCUGUAGAAUUUGCUGGUAUUUUUCACAGUUUGGGUGUUUCGGUAACUCAACUAUAUCGAGGACCGUUGUUUUUAAGAGGCUUUGAUGAGGAUGUAAGAGAAUUUCUAGCGCAUCAAAUGAAAUUGGAUGGUAUAGACCUUCGCUUUCAAGUAAAUAUCACUCGAAUAGACAAACAAUUAGAUGGUACUUUGAUUUGUACUUUAACUGAUGGAAAUGUCGUUAGAGGAGACAAAGUUAUGUUUGCUACUGGAAGACAUCCACGACUAGACGACCUUGGAAUAGAAAACACGGGAGUCCAUUUGGGUAAGAAGAACGAAAUUUUGGUGGAUGAAUAUAGCAAGACCAAUAUAGACAAUAUUUAUGCUAUUGGCGAUAUUACGAAUCGAAUUCAGUUGACUCCAGUAGCUAUCGCUGAAGGUCAUUGCUUUGCAGAUACUAUUUUUGGGAACAAUCCUCGCCGUCCUUCACAUGAAAAUGUCCCUACUGCUGUAUUUUCGAAUCCUUGUAUAGGAACUGUGGGUUUAACAGAGGAAGAAGCUCGUGAAAAGUAUGAUGACCAAGUUGAUAUUUAUAAGACCAGCUUUCGUCCCUUAAAACACACAUUGACUCUCAGAGAAGAGAAGACCCUUUACAAGUUGAUUGUUCAUCGAGAAACGAGAAAGGUUAUUGGAGCUCAUCUUGUAUCACCAGAAGCUGCAGAAUUAGCUCAGCUGUUGGGUGUUUGUGUUCAAGCUGGGGCUACAAAGGAACAUUUUGAUGCCACUAUUGGAGUUCAUCCGACCUCUGCGGAAGAAUUGGUAACCAUGCGAGUAAAGGAACCUGAAAAAGCUACCAAAAAUAGAAAUGCUCUAUAAGAUAAAUGAAUUUUAUUGAUU